CUGAAGAGUGGAUGCUGGGAUGUUUUGCAUAGUCUGACUUGAUUGAGCCCGCCUUCCCCUCAAUUGGGUCUCCAAGCUCAAGUCAACGCCGCCUUGCCUUUGUUUCCGUCCUUGACAACCAAUCCUCGCAUCGGGUGCCGCCAUGUCUUCACCUUCACCCGCCACUCCGGGCACGCCCACUUCGGAUUCGCGUCGCGGAUCACGCCGAUCGUCGCGGAGUUCGUCUUUGAUGCCCGGGCCCGAGCCUUCUUCCGAUCUGGCUCAGCCCCUACCGGCCAGUCCCACGCCCCUGGAGGCGUCGGCCACGCCCCACACCGCCAGUCAGGAGGCCCCGCCCCGUUCGGUCCCGCCGGGUGGACCCGGCUCGGUCUUGGUGUCCGAGAUCGACUUGUCUUCGCCUUUAAAUUAUGGCACGCCCUCGUCCGUAGGCUCGUCCCAGUUCCGUACCUCGGUGGGCGGAGCGCGUGGCACGCCCAUCCGCAUCCGAUCGGACAUUCAGUCGGAGCGACGGCUGCGGCAAGUCAAUGUCACGCCGGCCAAGGGGGCGGGACCCGGCGGCUCGGAGAGUGAUGUGCCGCCCCCCACCUCUGAGAUGGGCGCCACGCCCAGUCGACGGAGUGGACGAAGUCGCACGGCUACCCCGGCCCGUGCCGCCCGUGCCCCGCCCUCGGAGAUGGUGCCAGCCUCGGAAGUGUCCGAUUCCGCGCCACAUUUGGUGAUUUGGGGCACGGAUGUGUCCGUGCAAGUGUGCAAGCAAAAGUUCAAGAAGUUCUUGGCCUCGUUCCUGGAUGAAUCCGUCCAAGAUGAUGAGCGCAUGGAAGGCUUCGAGGCCGAUGAGCCCGUUUACAUGCAACGUUUGGCCGAGAUCAAUGUCACGGAGGAUCCUUAUAUGAACAUCAAUUGCGGACACAUCCAACAGUUCGACGAGGACCUUUAUCGCCAACUGGUUUGCUAUCCACAAGAAGUUAUUCCAACUUUUGACAUGGCCGUCAACGAAAUGUUCUUCGACAAAUAUCCGGACAUGGUCCUGGCCCAUCAAAUCCAAGUGCGCCCUUUCAACGCGGACAAAACGCGAAACAUGCGUGCGCUCAACCCGGAGGACAUUGAUCAGCUCAUUACCAUCACGGGCAUGGUCAUUCGGUCCUCGAGCCUGAUGCCGGAGAUGGCCGAGGCGCUUUUCCGUUGCUCGGUGUGCCACCUCACGGCCACCGUGGAAGUUGAGCGAGGCCGGAUUGCUGAACCCACGCUUUGCACCAAUUGCAACACCAACCACUCGUUCACCAUGAUCCACAACCGAUCCAAGUUCUCGGACAAGCAAAUGAUCAAGCUCCAGGAAUCGCCCGAUGACAUGCCCGCCGGUCAAACCCCUCACACCGUUGUCCUGUACGCGCACGGGGAUCUGGUGGACAAGGUUCAACCCGGGGAUCGGAUCUCGGUCACCGGCAUCUACCGAGCCGUGCCGGUCAAAGUCAAUCCUUUGGUCCGGAACAUCAAGAGCAUCUACAAGACCCACAUUGACGUGGUCCACUUCCGUCGAACGGACGCCCGACGUCUUCACAAUGGCGGCGAUGAGAACAAAGAGCACGUUUUCGCCGAGGAAAGAGUGGCUUUGCUGAAGGAGCUGAGCCAGAAACCCGACAUCUACGAGCGAUUGGCUCGAGCCAUCGCGCCUUCCAUCUACGAGAAUGAAGACAUCAAGAAAGGGAUCCUACUUCAGUUGUUUGGCGGGAGUCAAAAGGACUUCUCGCACACUGGACGGGGCGGCAGCUUUCGCUCCGAGAUCAACAUCCUCCUCUGCGGAGACCCGGGUACCUCCAAGUCCCAAUUGCUUCAGUACGUUUUCAACUUGGUGCCCAGGUCCCAAUACACCUCCGGAAAGGGUAGCUCGGCCGUGGGUCUGACCGCUUACGUGACCAAAGACCCGGAAACGCGCCAACUUGUCCUUCAAACUGGAGCACUGGUCUUGGCCGACAACGGCAUCUGUUGUAUCGACGAGUUCGACAAAAUGAACGACUCCACUCGAUCCAUCCUUCACGAGGUGAUGGAACAGCAGACCCUGUCCAUUGCCAAGGCCGGAAUCAUCUGCCAAUUGAAUGCUCGAACCUCGGUUUUGGCCGCAGCCAAUCCAAUCGAGUCGCAAUGGAACAACAAGAAAACCAUCGUGGAAAAUAUCCAACUGCCCCAUACGCUCAUGUCUCGGUUCGACCUGAUCUUCUUGAUCCUCGACCCUCAAGAUGAGCUCUUCGACAAGCGGUUAGGACGGCAUUUGGUGAGUUUGUAUUACCGCUCGGGCGACGAAUCCGAGGAAGAGCACAUGGACAUGGCCAUUCUCCGCGAUUACUUGGCCUACAGUAAGCAACACUUCAACCCAAAACUGACGGACGAAGCUGGCACGCACUUGAUUCAGUCGUAUGUGAAAAUGCGGCAAGUGGGAAGCGGUCGAGGUCAGGUCACGGCUUAUCCUCGUCAACUCGAAUCCCUGAUCCGUUUGGCCGAAGCUCACGCCAAAAUGAGAAUGUCCGAGACUGUCGAGGUCAUCGAUGUGGAGGAGGCCAAUCGUAUUCAUCGUGAGGCUCUGAAACAGUCGGCGACUGACCCCAUGUCUGGUACCAUUGACCUGUCCAUCAUCACUACUGGUCAAAGCGAAGGCUAUCGGAAGCGACGAAUGGAAGUCAAGAACACCUUGAAGGCCAUCAUUGAUAAGAAAGGCAAACAGCCUACGUUGAAUUUUGCCAAGACUUGGAGUGAACUUCGAGAUGGAUCCGACAUGAUGAUUACCCGAGACAUGUACGAAGAUGCGCUCAAAGAUUUAUCAGACGACGGAAUCGUCACCUUGACUGGACGCGCCACCAUUCGAAUCAACCCUCGGUAAAACAAACAAGAGAGAGAAAGGCCCUGUUCUAAAAGCUUUUACUCUUUGAACUUGAAAUAUAUUAUGUUGUAUAGUAUGUA